CACGCGUCAAUCAAUCAUGUCUUCAAGCAAGAAACGAAAGACUGGAGGAGAUGGCGUCGCUGGUCUCAGCCCGACGUCCAUCCUUGAGCCCAAGGCCAAAAUCGAGCUCUCGAGGCCAGAGAAGCUCGAGUUUCAUUGCUCCAUGCCAGCCAAGAUCGCGCCAUUCUGUCCCACCAUCCUCAUCUCUGUCGGGUCGAGUAAACAAAUCUUUACAGUCCCAAGGGAUCUCCUCACACUCCAUUCCGGCUACUUCAAAGAACUUUUCGCUAGUCCUAGAGAGGAUGAAGAUGAAAAAAUUGCGCUCCCUCUAUUAUCUCCCAUGGAUUUUGGCAACUUCGUUUCAUGGAUCUACAUAGGCAGAACGCUAUCAGCCGCUACCGCUUCUGCUACUCGUUUCUGGGUGGUCGGUGAAUUCCUUAGUGCGCCUGCAUUCCAAAACUGGUGCAUCGAUAUCUACAGGAAUAAGCUACUAUUGGCGGCAAACAGAUCGCCACAUAGAGACAAUGUUCGACUGGCCUAUGAGAAGAGUGGAAAGGGCUCAAAGUUGAGGAAGUUUUUGGCUCAUUGCUCGGCACGACUGGGUCCACUGGAGAGUCAUGCGGAGGGAAGUGACCAGCAUACUGCUUGGAAGGUGCUAUUUCAGGAAUUCCCAGAUCUUACCUAUGAUAUUGCUGCGAUAGCAGGAAAAGACUGGAAGGGCACAAUGCCUUGGGAUGAUGAGCAUAGAGCCUUGUAUGUGGAAGACGAAAUUCCAUUGGAGAACCAGUGGGAGUCUCAGAUCUUGCUGGCUAGGGACAAGGAUGCCAUCAAGGAAGCCGCGAGCACUGGCUGUGUCUGCAGUAUCAUCGAGCUGGAUCAUCUGGAGCGAAACAAAGGAAAGGAAGCUGUAUCUUGAGCAUGGCUUUGGCAUGUGUAUCACCUAAGUAAGCAUCUCAAGAUCACAUCUCGAGUUCAGGACCCUGGGAGCUUUUCAUGGUUGCACAACCACGUGACACUCAAUUCAUUGAGUUACAUGGACACGGCUGAGAGACUCUUUUUCGAGAAGAGGAUAAUAAUAAAG